CAAGCUCAGUCUCGAUUUCCGCCAAAGUUCAAACCAGCAAAAGGGAGAGAUCUCAAGAUGUUGUACUUAACAGUCCUUGUUCAAACCAUGCUCGCCCUCUCGUGUAUCUGCAUGGCCGCCCCGCAACAGUACCACAUGUACCCGCGAGUUAAUGUCCCACAAGAACACCUCGAGGUCCUUAAGAUACGGGCAUCCAAACCGAUCAACCCCGCCGCCGUCCUCGACACCACCUGCCUCGAUUCCAACAAGAAAAUCGUCUUCCACGACGAGAACGUGGCAUUGCUGGGCAUCUGCGGCGGCAUCGCGGGGGCCAUCACCAAGUGCGGCGGCGCCCCCACCAGCACGACUGGCCUGUCCGGGUCGGCGGCGUUCGCCCUCAACGCCGUCGAGCGGGGUUCCACCAUCAACAUCUCCAAGGGCCGGUGGGAGCAGUGCGUCCGCGCCGCGAGGGCCGUGUGCCCGACCGGGAGCCUGAGGGCCACGUGCGCGGGCGGCGCGAGCAAGGGGGACGUCGCGUUCACGUUGGACAACCCUUGAGAAAGGGAAAGAGAGCGGUUCGACUGUGGGGGGGAUGGAGCAGCGCGGUUCUGGAGCCGGCGAGACCGCCGGAGUCUCACAGUUGACGACUGGAACUGCGGCUUGGCUGGAUGCCGUAUAUACAUCUGCUUCAAUCACUGUACAUAUUUAGGUACGGGAGAUGGGAAAGCCAUGGGAAGAUACCCCCUUAAAAAGGAUCAAGGCCGAGACCUAAGGCUCGUCAGUAUUUGAACCAAGCCUUUCUGUUCCAUGAUCGAUUCCCACGCCGUUAUCCCGGGGUA